AUGUCUGAACGUCCCACUCCGCCAGUGAAGCUGUCACUGCCUCUGCAAUACCAGCAGGAUAUCUUUACCGAUUUACGUGCCGACGAUGAAUUGGUCGUGCUUGCCCGCGGCCUGGGGCUAUUGCAGCUGAUUACGAAUUUCCUUCACUUCCACGAUGCCGCUGGUAAUAAUCUUGUGUUGGUGGUGGGCGCAGAUGACAGGGAGAAUGAGUGGAUUGGAGAGGCAUUGUCGGAGCACAAUGACCGCACAAAGUCUCCAUUGGCUAGGGGACUACGGGUGAUUAAUACUGAGAAAGCAACAGUGCCUGUUCGUGAGGGGAUCUAUUCCAGAGGCGGUAUUCUGAGUGUGACGUCCAGAAUACUCGUUACCGAUUUACUGUCAAAGUUGCUUGACCCUGAAAAGGUAACAGGUAUGGUCAUCUUGCAUGCGGAUAAAGUUGUUGCGACAUCCCUCGAAGCGUUCAUCGUGCGCAUCUACCGUCAAUCGAAUAAACGCGGAUUCUUGAAGGCAUUCUCGGAAGCUCCAGAACCAUUCACCACGGGGUUCGCUCCGCUGGCUAAUAUGUUACGCAAUCUUUUUCUCCAAAAAGCAUCACUGUGGCCUAGAUUUCAUAUUACUGUAUCUGAGGCGCUAGAAGGUGAUCGUAAAGCAGAAGUCAUUGAAUUGGAAGUUCCAAUGAGCUCUAAAAUGCGGGAAAUUCAAAAUGCAGUUCUGGAGUGUGUUGAGAUGAGCGUUGCCGAACUGCGCAAGGCCAACACAGGCUUGGACAUGGAGGAAUGGACAUUGGACAGUGCCUUGCACAGGAAUUUUGCUCCGGCGAUCAGAAGACAGCUGCAAACCAUUUGGCAUCGGGUGACUCACCGAACCAAGCAAAUCGUUAGUGAUUUGGAAGCUCUCCAGUCUAUUCUUCAUGCUUUGCUUACAUAUGACGCGGUAUCUUUUGUGAAAUUCUUGGAUACAAUCGCAACGGCCAAUGCUCCACCACCUGGUUCCAACUCACAUAACUACUCGCCAUGGCUUUUUCUUGAUGCGGCGCAUGUUCUGUUCCAAACCGCAAAGUCAAGAGCGUACGAAGGAAAGAUUGAUGCAUCAUCUUCAACUACGUUUUCAGCUGCACUGAAACCUGUCCUUGAGCCUCUUCCCAAAUGGAAUGUGCUGGCAGAGGUCUUACAAGAAAUUGAGCACGAUGCUUAUUUACAUCCAAUCAAUGUCGACGAAUCAAAUAGCACAAUUUUGAUCAUGUGUAAUGAAUUGAAAACGGCCCAUCAGCUCCGCGAGUAUAUUGGCACCAUGCACACGAAAAUUGGGCAAGUGUCACAUCCCGGCGAAGAAGACGACUCCACGACCGACGAGUCUUCAGCAGAUGUUAUGAUGAGACGUCGCCUACGAAGCUACCUUGACUGGAAGAAAUCACUUUCUAACGUCAACCGGAAUCUGUCACAAGCUGGAGAGGAGUCCACGAAUUCGAGCGGAACGCCUGGGGCUCAAAGGCCGCAAGGUAGGCCUCCACCUAACAAGCGCCGGCGUGUACGAGGCGGAGGUGCAGUCAACUCGGCAGCCGCGCGUGUACCAAACAGCAGUGUUCAAACAGAAGUUGAACAACCGACUGAAGUUAUCAAUCUGCUUAAUGAUCUUCAGCCAACCGAGGUUGAGGAGACACAAAAGAUCGAAAUCGACAUUGAUGAUCUCGAGGACAUGGAGGACUACUACGAAUUUUAUGAAAUGAACGAUCUCGUGGUCGUCCAUCCCUACGAUGGCGACAUGGAUGAGCAGCUUCUAGAGGAACUUCGACCUCGCUACAUAAUCAUGUACGAGCCGGAAUCGGCAUUUAUUCGCAGGGUGGAAGUCUACCGUAGCUCCCAUUCGGGGAGGAAUGUGAAAGUGUACUUCAUGUACUAUGGCGGAUCGGUCGAAGAGCAACGAUAUCUGAGCGCUGUGCGCCGGGAAAAGGAUUCAUUUACCAAGUUGAUUAAAGAGAAGGGUAAUAUGGCUGUAACUUUGACCCACGACAAGAGUGCGCAAGACCCACAAGAACAGUUCCUCCUGGUGGUCGAUGUACGCGAAUUCCGAAGUGCCCUUCCAUCUCUCUUGCACGGCAACAAUAUGGUUGUUAUUCCAGUCCAACUUACAGUGGGCGAUUAUGUUCUCACACCGGACAUUUGUGUGGAACGAAAAUCCAUUCAAGAUCUCAUGCAGUCUCUCAGAAAUGGUCGCUUGUAUAAUCAAGCUGAAACUAUGCUCCAGUACUACAAAAGCCCACUUCUGUUGAUCGAAUUCGAUCAAAACAAGGCAUUUACAUUCGAUGCCUUCGCGACUGGGAGUGUCAGAACCGAGUCUGGAUUUUCUUCUACCGGCGCUGCAACUAGUUCCGUAAGCAGUUCGAUAUCAAACCCAUCGAACCCCAAGGGUGCCCAGCAUUUGCUGGUCAUCCUCACGCUUGCAUUCCCACGUCUCAAGAUUAUCUGGUCGUCAUCGCCAUAUCAAACCGCGGAGAUAUUUGCGGAACUAAAAAAGAACGCUCAUGAGCCUGAUCCCCUCCGCGCUGUGCAAAUUGGGUUAGAUGAAGAUUUGACCAAUUCCAGUGGCUCGGGUAACGUUAUGGCUGCAGCUUGGAUUGAGCCCCGUACCUUCAACCAGUUGCCACAGGAUAUGCUGCGAACUGUGCCUGGUGUUACCCCUGCGGCACUUGAGCGUCUUAUUUUGGAGACGGAGAAUAUAAGUGAAGUAGCUAAUAUGGAUAUUGAACAACUAGACCCAUUGGUUGGGAAAGAAGCUGCACGGAAAAUAGUGGCUUUUUUCCAGAAGAGUGUUUUUGACGACUGA